AAAAAUAUUCUCGUAGUUGUCACAUUUUUGAAAUGACAAAACUGCGAGCUUGAAUGAAAACCUGCGUUAUCAAAAUUCCAGUGUGCGUUAAAUCGAAUCUUGUAAAUUCGUUGUAUUGUUAAAAAUGCGGGAAGAGUAAUUCACCAGUGACACCAAAAUACGCUGCGCUUCAAAAAUUUAUUGUAUUCUUUUAGUAUUCCAGGUUAUUAGUUUAGUGUAUGUAAAUCGAUAGAGAUAAUAAUUUUUUUAUAUUUUUUUCUCGAAAUUUCUUUGUGAGAUUUACUUUACCUUUAACUACCCAAAAAAAUAUACAAAACUGUAAACCGUAGUAAAUAGUGUAAACCGUACAAUAAAAAAUUCUUUGUGUCUUUUCGUAUUGUCGUUUUAAUUGUUUAAUGGAGAUAGAAAAAAAUAUUUUUAAAUUAUAUACGUGAUUGCUAGACGUUAGUUUACAUCAAAAAUGUCAAAAUUGAUUAACUAAUUCGAGCCAUUAUCUAUCAAAAACAAAAAAAAAAUUGUACACCACAAUUUCCCUGUUCAUAUUUAAAUCGUCUUUAUACGAGGAGCCAUCAUCAAUGGGUUGGGAAGAGAAUCCGUGGGACACAUUCGACAGAUUACUAUUAGAAGGAACAGACGUGAACAGUCAAGGUGACAACCCAUCUUCGAGCAACUCACCCUCAACCCCUCCACGCGAAGUAAUCCCACAAAUUAAUCCACGUCAUGGACAUAUAUCCGGCCUUCCCCGCCAAGUACAAGUACAAUCAUUGUCAAAUUUGAAUCGGCAAUUCCCCCUGCCCCGCUUGGUCGACAUCCACGCAUUGUCCAGUCUCCAGCACAGAGUCAGGCUGCAAGCGGCGGCCGUGCUGCACAGACGAGGAGACGGAUCGUCCGCCACCAAUCCCUCACGCCCCCCGGACCACCUAAUACCGUCUUACGUGUCCCAAGCGGUGCACACGGGCGAACCGCGUCCCCUGACGCCGCAACCUUUCUUAAACGACGCCCGCCUGCUGGCCUCGCAACCGUCCUACAACGAUCUCCGCAUGAUAACCAUCCACGAUUCCCGUCUGCCCGGACCGCACACCAACAUGAACGAUUCGAGUCCCUUCGAACCGUCGCCGACCUUCAACGACACCGAGUCGCGGCCGCCAGAGACGUCGUCGACCGGCUUUCAACCUCUGAUGUUGUUCCCCAACCCGCUCUCGUUGUCCGCCGAGUCCUCGUUCAACGAUUCCCUGCCGCUGGAGACCUCGCCCAGUCCGGUGCAGAUGCAGUCGUCCGCAGUGGUGCCGCGGCAGGUGGAGGUCAAAAUUUUGGACGAAACGCCGACGGGCAGCGUCCAACCGCAGGCCGGCGCACAAAUUAGGGUGCUCAACUGGGGCACCAAGUGGUACCAGACCGUCACGCCGCCGGGAAAGGGAUUCCUGCGUCCGUGCUCGCUGUCAUCGCAGCUGGACCAGAUGGAGCAGCCGAAGGACGGCGUCAUCCUGGAAAUGAGAAAACUAACGUACGUGGACGAAGACGAUGAAGACGACGACGACGACGACGAAGAUUCCGUCGAAAGAUUCUUACCUGACUCACCGGAAGAGCCAGACGAAGCGGCAGGCGACGGUACCCGACUGGGCCCCAAUCAUUUUGAUGACUCCAUUCCGGAAGAUCCAUCCCAAUAAAUUUUUAGGCUAGACAAAUUAUAAGUACAUGUCUUCCAAAUGUUUUAUGAGCGUUUUAUAAAUAACUAUUUUUUUAAAUUGUUUUAUUGAUUGUCCAAUAGAUAAAUAAUAAUAAAAAACAACAUCUUCAUCUGAUUAAAAAAUUAAUAAUGUAAGAA